CUUUCUUAUCCGAAGGUCAAUGAACCUUAACCACCACAAGAGAUACGGUGUAUAUUUACAGUCGAUAGCGUCUGUCGUUUCAGUGUAUAUAGGCUUAAAAUGAAAUACCUCUUCAUGUUUCUGCUGGUGUUUGGACUCCUUGUGAUUUGGGUGAGAACACAACUACCAGAAUUCAUUUCAACAGAGAACAUUUACCUGGAUAGUAACGAUGAGAUUCAUGGAAAAUUAGUCGAGGAAUACAUCAAAUCAUUAUGUAAAGUUUAUGACAAUGAAGUGUAUCUCUAUAUUGGAUUUGACGUAAUCCCAUUGUGUAAGGAGAAGGACAACCGAGGACUUAUUCUGUUUCUACUGGCUCUUUUAUUUAAGCCAACAAGAGAUCUAAUGUUAAAAAUUGUUGAUGAAAUAAUUCCGGGACCUGAGCCCGUCAUAACCACCACUUCCCAACCAGUUAUACCAACCACGACCCCACCGGUCGUACCAACCACGACCCCACCGGUCGUACCAACUACCACCCCACCGGUCGUGCCAACUACUACCCCACCGGUCACACCCGCCGGAUAAUCCCUUCUCAACUCAUUGUCGCCAAG